AUGUCAAAAAAAGAAAAUGGCACAACCCCAACAUCAUCAAAAAAAAAGAAAGCUAAAUUACCAAUCGCUUCAACUAAUAUACCAAACCAAGUUGUAAAUAAAGUUAUUAAUAGUGGUCAAAUUGGAGGAUCAGGGUUACCAACAUUACCACCAUCGGUUACAUUACCCGUUGAAGAGAUCAUGUCAUUUGCACCAGAGUGUUUGUUAUUCCAGCAAUUAUUAGAAUUUGAAGAAAAAUUGGAUAGUUCAAUUAAUAAACGUUUAAUCGACUUGCAAGAGUCUACCAGAAGAACAUCAAAUAAAAACAUUAAAACACUCCGUUUAUCAAUUUAUAAUACAUAUGCAAAUCAAACAUCAUAUUAUCAUUUAGAUAACAAAUCACUAGCAUCAGUCUCGGAAAGAUCUUCGUGGACAUUACGUGUUGAAGGUAGAUUAUUAGAAGAUAAUGAAAUUGGUAAUCACGAUUUCCCAAUAACAAAUAAAACUCCAAAAACCUCCUCACUCCUUGUCCCAACUCCAACCAAAAAAAAGUUCUCUUCAUUCUUUAAAAAAGUAUUUAUUCAAAUUGGUCAUAGAGAUACUUGUGAAUGGGAUAAAUCUCAAACUUUUACAGAAACUGAUGGUUUUGAAAUUAAAAGAAAUGGUAAUCAAGAACUCGAUGUAAAAAUUUUAAUGUAUUUAGAUCAUGUACCACAAAAAUAUAAGGUUUUGGGUGGACUUUCACAAUUAUUAAAUAUUCAUACAGAUACAAAACCAAGAAUUAUUUUAGCAUUAUGGCAUUAUAUCAAAUCUAAUACAUUACUAGACCCAGAUACAAAGAAAAUUACAUGUGAUGAAAAUUUAAAGAAUAUAUUUAAUUUAGAUGAAUUACAAUUUAAUCAAAUACCUCAAUUAUUAAGAGAACAUUUAUCACCACCAGACCCAUUAGAAUUUAAUUAUACUUUGCAUCUUUCAGGAGAUCCAAAAGAUUAUGAACAAGCAUAUGAUAUCCAAGUUGAAGUUGAUGAACCAUUCAAUGUUCAUGGUAACCUUAGAAAAGAUAUUGCAGCUUUCAAUGAAGAGAUUAAUCAACAUAUUCAAAAGAUUUAUCUUCAUAAAAGAAAGCGUGAUUUCAUGGAAAACCUUUCAAAAGACCCAUUAGGAUUCCUUAAUGAUACAACUACAAAUCUCAUUAAGGAUUACCAAGUUUCAAAAUCAAAUACUUCAACUGGUUUCGAAGAAGAGAGACAUGCAUCUUUCUAUUACCAACCAAUGACUGAAGAGCUUGUAAAGAAUUAUUUAUCAAAACAAACCACACCAAACCCAACCCCACAACAAAUUUCAAUGGCACCUUCAACUCCACAAACACCUGCUUCAUCUUAA